AUGUACAUUUCACUUUUUAAAGAAAUUGAUAUAAUUUCUCAAAAUAUUGGAUUUGACGUAUUUGGAAAAGAUAUAAUUGUUAUAAUUGAUUAUGAAAUGGCCGUUAUUAAUGCUUUAAAACAGUUUAAAUCACUUUGGAGAAAAGUUCAAACAGGUGGUUUUAUAAAAGUUCAACUAGAUGAUGACAAUUUCACAUCUCUUAUAAACAAAUUGUAUGUUAUUCCAUUUUUAAAACCUCAAAAUAUAAAAUUGGAAUUUGGUGAACUCAAAACAAAUGAAUUGUAUCAGAGUGAAGAAUGUAAAAAAAUUGUAAAAUAUUUUGAGUCAACCUGGAUGGAUACAAGGUAUCCUAUUAUUAUGUGGUGUCAAUACUUACAAAAUAUCAGAACAAACAAUUUUUCAGAGUCUUAUCAUUCUGCAUUUAUUAAGAGACUUUUAAGAUCAAAACCAACAUUAUCAGAAUGGUUUAGAAAAAUGUGUGAUUUAGAGGAAAAAGACACGAAAAAAUGGAAUCAACUGAUAGAAGGACAAAGCACAAGAAAAAGUCCAAAAUAUUCAAGACAAAACAAACUUAUAAUGAAUCACAUCAGAAAUUAUUACUCUGGGCAACAACCUGACAUAGAUAAAUUAUUUGAAAAUCUUUGGGAAGCUAAGAGGGCACUGGUAAACGAAAAACAAUUCGAACAAAGUAUCAUAAUCAACAACGUGCAAGACGAAAUA